AUGGAACAAUUUGUGCACUUCAGUCACAAUCAUCCACUCAACCUUGUUCAACUACAACCAAACCAUAAUGAAGAAGAAGAAGAUGUAGAUGAUUUUGUGGUUGAAGACCACCAUGUUGGCCAAUGCAACAUGUGUAAGGAAGACAUCUGUUCAUUUCAUUUGUGUUACUACACCUGCAAGAAUUGCAACUACUCUUUACACAAAUUUUGUGCAGAAAUCCCCAAAACCCUACAAGACCAUCCAUUACAUGAUCCUAACCACAACCUUACCUUGUCUGAGAGAUUUCAAGAUCCACAUCCUUCUUUUCAUUCUGAUCAAGAAUGGACAUGUGGUGUUUGCAAUCGGAAGCGGAAGAACUUCUUCAAUUACCAUUGUUCCAUUUGCAAAUUCAAUAUGGAUAUAAUUUGUGCUACCAUGUCUCAACAGAAGAUGGACCACCCAAGCCACCAUCACCGACUGCAACGUAACUUAAAGAAAUUGGUAUCUAGUUGUAAUGCAUGUGGUCAUGAACAUGAUGGGACUUUCUACCAUUGCACCACUUGUUAUUGGUUUUGGAUCCAUCAGGAUUGCGCUUUGUUGCCUACAAAAUUACUUAUCCAACAGCCUACUAAUGACAAUUUUACUCAUUCUCAUCCACUUACCCUUACAUAUUCAUUUCCGGACAUUGAUCAAGAAGCCAAGUUCUAUCCCAGAUGUCGUGGAAAGAUUUGUAAAAAUUUCAAAGAUGAUGACCAUCCUAAUCUUCUCCGUUGUCCAUUUCCUGAUGAAAGUUACAACCUUCUCAAGCACCAUUUUAUCAAGAAUGACAAGGACUUUGUAGCUAAGGAAAACCAUGGUGAAAAGCUCAAACAUCUUACUCAUAAUCACCCACUGGUUCUUUUAGACAAGCAAACAUCACUCAAUAAGAAUUCGAUUUUACUUCACAACCCCUUGAAGAAAAUUCAACUAUUAUGUGAUGGAUGUGUGAAACCGAUCACAAAAAUACCAUUUUACAUGUGUGUUCGACAUCCAUGUCGUGGGUUUGUUCUUCAUGAGUGGUGUGCUAGGCUACCCGGUAAAAUAAAAGACCACCCUGGCCAUCCAAACCAUACACUUUUUCUCAUGCCAAAUGUUACUAGAAAGUUCUUUGGUGUAUUUGGGUGUAAGAUUUGCAUGUUACCUUCCAAUGGUUUCGCAUAUGGAUGCAAGACUUGUGAGUAUUAUGUAGAUGUGAAUUGUGCAUUCUUACCCAAAGAAAUCACGCAUGAAGCUCACCCUGACCAUCUUCUCUUAAGAAUAGAUGCUUCAUCCAGUCUAUCGGAAACACCAUGCAAUGCAUGUGGUUAUUACCUAAUAAAUUGCAUCGCAUUCUAUUGCCCUUCUUGCGAUUUCUACUUGGAUAUAGAGUGUGCUUUUAUGUUGCCUAGAAUGAUUAGACACAAGUACGAUGACCAUCCUUUGACCCUAAGAUACGAUCCAGUCGAGAACCAUCCUAACGACUACUUUUGUGAAAUUUGUGAGGACGAAUUUAACCCAGAAUCUUGGUUCUAUCAUUGUAGUUUUUGUGUUCAGUCGAUGCAUACUGCAUGUGCACCCUUAAUCUUUCAGUGUGAGCAAGCCGUAUAUACCCACUAUAAGAGAUGUAUCUUCUAUUUCGUCAAUGUUAAGUUUGGAGGGACGAUUGUGAUAAAAGGUCACCGACAUCGUCUAACAUUUGCUCAAGGGAUCGAGUGCCAUGGUAAAUGCAAUCACUGUGGUGAAAAAUUGCAAUACAGAAUGAUCUUUAAGUGCUUGAAAUGCAAGUACGCUGUUCAUUAUGAGUGUCGUCGACCUGUUACUCCUACUGCUCUCGUUACAGGACAAGAUUUUGCUAAAUUUCUUCACAUGCCAACCAUAGAAAUACCAAGUCGCAUAAUGAAGAAGCAGCGUAUAUUAUCAAAACAGAUUAAAAAAAAGAAGCAUGCAUAUAAUGCUCUCCCUUGA